AUGGUUGCACCCACCAAGUUACAAUUCAAGAAAUGUUGUGGAAUUGUUGAUCUACAACGAGGUGUCGUUCUUAUUACAGUAUUCGCCCUGCUUAAUAAGGUUUCCGGUUUUUUCGGAAUACCGACACUAUUUUAUGGAGGUGGAAUUGUAUCUAUUAUAUCAUAUAUAUACUCUAUUAUAGCAUCAAUAGCAAUUGUCUAUUUUCUGUUUUAUGGAGUUUUCCCGGAAAAUCCAAAAAUAAUUAGAUAUUAUUCUAUAUUUUAUUGGAUAGAUUUAAUUGCAAAUGGAUUAUUCACAAUAAUUUUUGGAAUAUGGUGGUAUCUUGUAGUGGAUCAUUUACCAUUAGCAGAAACUGAAAAUCAAAAAUCAAAUAAUGAAACAGCUACAGUAUUAGGAACCUCUCCAACAUUACCAGCUUGGAAAACUGAAUCAGCUAUUGCAAUUGCUAAUUUGGUUGCGGUAACAUUUGUACAUAUUUAUUUUGCUUUUGUAGUUAAUUCUUAUGCUAUAUUAGUACAAAAAAGUCAAUCAUAUUUCUCUACAUCGGGAAUAAUUGCUACUUCUCGUAUAUCAACAUCUGGUGUGGGUUUAUUAGAUAAUCCUCAACACGAUGAUGAUUAA